UAACGACGCGCCGCAUUGUCUCUGGAGUGAAUGCUUGUUGUUUGUCGUUGGUUUGGGUGCAACUUCGGGUCCUGCCCUUUUUAUGUGGGAAGGAGACCAGAAUUUUCAGAAAACACAAAGUGGCCAUAUAGUUGAUAGUGAAGAGGAUGGCUGUCAACCGCAGAAUAUCAUCAAUGAGUAUCAUGCUACGUUUACGAUGUAAAGCAAAGAAUGGAACUCAUUUGAUGCAAGGACUGACUUCAGUAUCUAAUGUCCAAGAGUUAAAAGAUAAAGUGGAAGAGCUAACUGGAAUUCCAAGUGCACUGCAAAAAAUCAUGGUGGGAUUUCCUCCAUCCAGUCUAGAUCUUCGGAAUGGAGAACUGCCUCUCAAAGAUUGUCCUAUCAAAUCUGGAGAUACUUUGAUUGUGGAAGAAGAAAGGGAUACUUUGAAGAUCAAAGUCUCAGUGUCGAACUUUAGUGCUAAAAGUUCAGAUAAAGAUACUUUCCCACAUCUGAUACGGCAUGUUGUCCCUGCAGAUAAUUCAUGUCUCUUCACAAGCAUCCACUAUGUGGUAGAAGGAGGUGUUUGUGAGCCAUCCUGUGCUCCAGAAAUGCGAAAUUUGAUAGCACAGAUUGUGGCAAGUGACCCUGAUUCCUACACUGAAGCUGUACUAGGAAAAUCUAAUGGGGAUUACUGCAACUGGAUUCGACAAGAAGACACUUGGGGAGGAGCCAUUGAAAUCUCUCUCUUAUCCAAGUUUUACCAAUGUGAAAUAUGUGUUGUGGACACACAAACUGUGCGAAUAGACCGGUUUGGAGAGGACGUAGGUUACAGAAAACGUGUCCUCCUGAUUUAUGAUGGAAUCCAUUAUGACCCAUUAGAACGACAAUUUGAAGAUCCUGAAACACCCCCACAAACCAUCUUCUCCACAGCAGAUGAUGUUGUGCUGGCCCAAGCCCUGGAGUUGGCAGAUGAAGCGAGAAGGAAACGACAAUUUACUGACCUUAAUAGAUUCACUUUGCGAUGUGUUGUCUGCCAAAAGGGACUGGUGGGUCAGGUAGAGGCUCGAGACCAUGCCAAAGAGACUGGGCACACCAACUUUGGGGAGAUAUGACAAUCAAAAUACUGUUACCUACCUCAUAUUCCUAAAAUGUACUGGGAUAAUUUAAUCCCUAGGAAUUAAAUUGAAUUUUAAGGAGUGUUUUUUUUUAAACCCUGGGAUGAUUAAACCAUGAGCUGAUCAAAUUGUUGGUUGUUUGCAAAGGCUGGACCUCAUUCUUAAUUUUUCUGUUUACAUAGCAGGAAUUGCAUUUGACUUUUUAAUUAUCUUAUUUCAUUCAAAGAUAAAUGUUUUGAUUUCAUAGCUAUUGAAAUUAGUUAAUCCUAUAGAGUAUUAGGUGCCUGAAAAUUACAGACAUGGAUAAAUUUCUUUGUCUUAAAUUUGGGUUGCUUUUACUUCCGCAGAGUUAAACACAUCUGCAAGUGUCAUAUUUGCAAAAUUGUUUAAUGCAAGCUAAGUCAAAAAAUAAGCUAUAAAUCUUUUUAUUUUUGUGACUAGUCAUUUCAGAAGACUCGAGGUUUAAUGAACUGUAGUUCUAUUGUUUCAAAGUAUUUUUUUGUUUGGCAACCAUUUUGUGAUCAGCUCAUGGAAGUCACAGGUACAUACUUAAAUAACUACAUUAGACCUGGCAUGUAUCGACAUAUUCAGGGGAGUACUUUUCAUAUUUUUAAUUAGUUGCUCUUUUGAGUUAACAUUUUCUCACGCAUAUCCUAAUUACUUGCACUCCAAGAAAAAAAAAGGAGUUUCUAUGAACAGGUUGAGAUUCCUCUGAACUGAAAUCUGCACACUUCAUAUGUGAAAUAGGAUGUUGUAUCAUAGGACUUGUAAUUAUCCCCUCUGCUCCAGUAUAACGCAACUGUGAGCUAAUGAUAUGUUCAACACAUGAUUGUAUUGUAAAGUCGAUAGAUAUUACACUGUCAACCUGCUAUAUUUGACCUACAAAUAUGAAUGCACAAGCAGAAAGACUAUCUACUGUUAAUAUAUAUACUUAAACAAAAAUUGAAUUAACCUGCAAGUAGUUAAAGUAGCUGAAACUCCAAGGGGAAGAAAAAAUGAAUUUUUCAGUGUGAUGUUUGUGAAUGGCCAAUUGAAAAAAGGCUAAACUGAAGGCAUGUCAAAAAGCAGGGCUAUGGAUGUCCCAGUCCAAAGCCUUAGCGUUAUUACUGAAAGAAUCUAGUACAAAUACCCAAUGGUGCCUCAGCAUACAAUUCCUUGACAAGCUGCGGUUUUUAAAAAAAAGUUGACAUCUGAUUUGCACUUGAGCCAAUCUUUUUAUGUGUAAGCUGAUGCAUUCGCAAAUGUAAGAUCCUGCCUGCAUCCUGUGAACAACUGACUUUUGUCUCUGCCUUAGUGAAGAAAAAUUGCUUGCGUCAUUGUCAUUGUGGAUAAAUCAAGGUAAUUAUAUUGUAUUGGUUAUCCCUAAACAUUGACAAAGAAAUGCUUUAGAAAGUAAUAGUUAUGUAAAGCUAACUUUUUAAAAUUUGAAACAACUAAAUCCUUUUAUCAUUACUUGAUAUGUAUUCGCCAGAAAGAAACAUAUGUGUUACUCCAUUUGAAUGCUUGUAGAUCAAAUAAUAUUUGUGGGUUUUAGAGACUUUUUAAGUGACUUAUCAUGGUAGAACUUCAUUUGAUAUGGUGAUUUUAAACAUUG